UUCUAUUUUUGGCUGCGGGGCUGUGCUGGCUCCCGGUUGAUUUAAGGGGGGCCCCAUGUCCCCUUGUAGGGAGGAGCCCCGAACCCUGCCCUGCCAUGGAGACCCUGAUCCCCGUGAUCAACAAACUGCAGGAGAUUUUCAACACUGUGGGGGCCGAGGUGAUCCAGCUGCCCCAGAUUGUGGUGAUCGGGGCCCAGAGCAGCGGGAAGAGCUCGGUUCUGGAGAGCAUUGUGGGUCGCGACUUCCUGCCCCGGGGCUCAGGCAUUGUCACCCGGCGGCCUCUGGUCCUGCAGCUGGUGAACGUGCCAUCGCUGGAGGAGCGGCAACGUGCAGCCAGUGGGGAGACAAGUACCCAGGCUGAGGAGUGGGCGACCUUCCUGCAUUGCAAGCACAAGACCUUCACCGACUUCGAUGAGAUCCGGCAGGAGAUCGAGACUGAGACCGAG